GCCGGGCAUGCGCCGGGGGCAUUUUGGCGGGAAGCAUAGGGUGGGCAGGACAAUGAGAAUGUCCGCCGCCUGAACCAAUAAAGCUGCGCUGGUUUUGAAUCACCGCGCGUUUCCCGCCGCCGGGGUCAAGGGUCAGGGUUCGGGUCGUGGGGCGGAGGGAAGAGCGAGCGGCCUGGAGGUACUGGCGCCAGACGAGGAGGAAAAGGGCUGCGAUUAGUCGCUAAGAGGCCGCGGAACCAGCGACGCCGGAAUCAGCCGAGCCGCCGCCGCCGCGCCCCCAUGGCGGCCGCCAAGGACAGUCAUGAGGACCAUGAUACUUCCACGGAGAAUGCAGAUGAAUCCAACCAUGACCCCCAGUUUGAGCCAAUAGUUUCUCUUCCUGAGCAAGAAAUUAAAACGUUGGAGGAAGACGAAGAGGAACUUUUUAAAAUGCGGGCAAAACUAUUCCGAUUUGCUUCAGAGAAUGACCUCCCAGAAUGGAAGGAGCGAGGCACUGGUGACGUCAAGCUUCUGAAGCAUAAGGAGAAAGGGACCAUCCGCCUUCUCAUGAGGAGGGACAAGACCUUGAAGAUAUGCGCCAACCACUAUAUCACACCAAUGAUGGACCUGAAACCGAAUGCUGGCAGUGACCGCGCCUGGGUCUGGAACACCCAUGCUGACUUCGCUGAUGAGUGCCCUAAGCCUGAGCUGCUCGCCAUCCGCUUCCUAAAUGCCGAGAAUGCACAGAAGUUCAAAACAAAGUUUGAAGAAUGCAGGAAAGAAAUAGAAGAAAGAGAAAAAAAAGGACCUGGCAAAAAUGACAGUGCUGAAAAUGUCGCUGAAAAGCUGGAAGCUCUUUCUGUGGAGGAGGUUGGGGGCAAGGCUGAAGAGAAAUCUGAGGAGAAACAAUGAGUGAUAGUCUCCUAUUACUUUCUUUUUCUUUUUUAAUUUUGCCCUGUCUUUCCUUUUUUAUUUUGUUUCUAUUCUGUUUUGUUUUUACAAGGGACUUUAUAUAAAGAACUGAAUUCCAA